UUGACAGAAAAUCAGGCGAAAUUUUCACUCCCGCGGCUCAUUUCACCGGUACCCAUCUCCUAUCAUCUGCAAGGCGGGGAGUAUGGCGGCAAUCGACGGCGACGGUGAGCGGUGGUGCGCGCUUACCGGCGGCAGAGGCUUCGCCGCGCGCCACCUUGUACAGAUGCUGCUCCGAUCGCAGGAGUGGCGCGUGCGAAUCGUCGAUCUGGGGCCCUCCAUCAAUCUCGAACCUCAUGAGGAGACAGGUGUCGUCGGCGAAGCUCUCAAGUCCGGAAGAGCUGCUUACAUAUCCGCCGAUCUACGAUGGAAGCGCCAAGUCUCUAAAGCAUUUCAUGGCGUAGAAGUUGUUUUUCAUAUGGCUGCCCCGGACUCGUCCAUUAACAACUUCGAGCUUCAUUAUUCUGUUAAUGUUGGAGGAACCAAAAAUGUUAUAGAUGCUUGCAUUGAAUGCAAAGUUAAACGACUGAUCUAUACCAGUUCUCCUAGUGUUGUCUUUGACGGCAUUCAUGGAAUUUAUAACGGGAAGGAGUCAAUGCCAUAUCCAAUAAAGUUCAAUGACUCUUAUUCAGAGACUAAAGCAGAAGCAGAAAAACUGGUUCUAAGGGCGAAUGGUAGAAAUGGGCUUUUGACUUGUUGUAUUCGACCUAGCAGCAUUUUUGGCCCGGGUGACAGGCUAUUGGUUCCUUCGCUUGUUGCUGCUGCUAGGGCUGGAAAAUCCAAGUACAUCAUUGGUGAUGGAAAUAAUAUGUAUGACUUCACAUAUGUUGAAAAUGUGGCAUAUGCCCACAUAUGUGCUGAACGAACUCUAGCCACAGGUGGUACAGCUGCAGUUAUAGUAGCAGGACAGGCAUAUUUCAUUACAAAUGUGGAACCGAUAAAAUUUUGGGAGUUCAUGUCAUUGAUUCUUGAAGGCCUUGGAUAUGAAAGGCCGAGUAUAAAAAUUCCUGCUCCUGUCAUGAUGCCAAUAGCUUAUUUAGUAGAGUUGAUAUACAAGUUGUUCUCAUGUUUUGGAAUGAGUGUGCCGCAGCUUACACCUUCUAGAGUUAGGCUUCUUUCAUGUGAGAGGACUUUCAGUUGCAGUAAAGCUAGAGAUCAUAUAGGUUAUGAACCUAUUGUUUCACUCAAGGAUGGCCUAAGGAAGACAAUAGAUUCAUUCUCCCAUUUGAGGGCUGUGCAGUUCAAGCGAACUUCUAAGGUUUAUGCCUAUCUUGGAAAUGAGAAUGUUGCAAACACUCUCCUUUGGAAAGAUAAGAAGCAAUCUCUCAUCUCUGUUCUAUUCUUGGCUGCUAUUUACUAUUAUUUCUUUGCAUCCGGCUACACUUUAAUCACAGCAAUGGCGAAGCUUCUUUCUCUGUCUGCAUUAUUUCUGUUUGUCCAUGGCAUGCUACCAACAAAAAUAUUGGGCUACAAUAUUGAAAAGAUGCCACCUUCUUAUUUUCACUUUUCAGAAGAGAAUGCCCAUCAGUUUGCAUCAUCAUUAGGUUCCUCAUGGAAUUCCUUAGUUGGCAUACUGAGAUCUCUUUACAAGGGAAGAGAUUGGUCUUUAUAUCUUAAGGUAGUCAUCACCCUAUUACUUGUGAGUUUCCUUGGAGCCAUGACUGUGCAAAGCUCAUACAAAAUAGGUAUUCCAGCAUUAUUCAUAGGUGUCUAUAUUUAUGAGAAAUGGGAAGAUGAAAUCGAUGGUGCUUUCGAUAGAGUUCGAUUCGAGGUUUUGAAGCUGCAAUCUUAUGUUACAAAGAUAUUUAAGAGGCAGCAGUAGGCGCAUCAUUGCUAAAAUAAGCUGGAGGACCUGAUAUAAUUAAUCGUAACUAUGAGCCAGAUGUCUUGAGAAGUUGGAGCCCAGUGGAUAAAGAAACGAGUUUCAAAUUGGUAUAUAUGUAACCUCUCGUCUACUUGUUGCAUAAACUGAGUAUUAUUUCUUGCCAUUUGUUCUUUAGAAAGCUUUUAUUUGUGUUGUAUGUUAUCUAUUAGAUUUAAUUAUUUCAGUUUAUAUCUUUUAAGAUUAUUAUUUA